CUUUUAAAAAAAUCCCCAUUUAAUCUGAUACUGUUACAAUUUCUUCUUUUUGUUUUUUGGGUUUGCUAAACACAAGAACAAGAAGAACAGCAAAAGAACACUAGCAUCCACCAUUUACUUACUCUCUCUUUCUCGAGCCCCUACCUUCUCUGCUUUCACUACUCCUAUCCUAUAGGCCUGCUCUCUCUCUCUCUCUCUAUGCUUUUGCUUGGAGCUUUCUUCUUCCUUGUUUCUCCUCUGCCAUUUUUUCUGGUCUCCCUUGUGUCUGGACCCUUCAGCUGUUUGUGGUAAUGUCAAACUGAAGAAACCCACAUUUACCCAGUUGAGUUCAUGAGGUAAACUAUCAUUUCUCAACUGGGUUUUCCGUUUUUUUUUUUUUUUGUAGUUAGAAGGUGAGAAAGGUAGUGGUGUAAAAGAUGGGUCUUUUAUGAGCAGUAGCUGAACGAAACCACUUCCUUUGUUUGGAACUAGUUUAUGAUGGUGUAGUGGAUCAGAGUCAGAACCCCACACUUUUUUCUUCUUCUUUUCUUUCUCACCCUUCUCUUUUUGUUUUCUGCUGAUGCAGUUUUAGGUCAUUUUUAGUGUAGAAGGUUUAUGUGUUCCAUCAGAGGGCAGAGAGAUGAAAUGGGUUGGUCUCAAAUGCCCCAAAGAUUGAAGCUUUCAGCUGAAAUCCGUUGUUUUCUGGACAAAGAUUUAGAUUCUAGCCGUGGAAUACCCAGAGAAGAUGCUGCAUUUUCCUCUCCAGGCCUCUGAAAACCCUUCAACAGCAAACAAAACCUUGUUUUUGCCUACUCCUUUUUCAUCCCAAAAGAGGAAUAAGCGGAUUCUUCCAAAGGAACACAGAAGAAAACCACCUUUUCUAGCUUUUCACUUUCCAUCUCUCUAAAAUAAAGACACAGUAGUUAUCUCCCACGCCUGCUCAAAAAGCCGGAAUUCCAAAAAGAAGCAGCAACAUCUAAGCCAUUCAAACCCCAGUUCUUUUAUUUAUUUUUUUGUUUUUAACUUGGCGAAGUGUUGAGAAAACAAAACCACAGACAAAACAUGGGAUGUGUUGCCUCCAGGCUAGAAGAAGAAGAAGAAGUGGUGUCCAUUUGCAAGGAGAGGAAACGGCAGCUGAAGCUUGCAGUAGAGAAGCGUCAAGCACUAGCAGAAGCUCACUGCAGGUACUGUCAAUCUCUCUAUGCAGUAGCAGCAGCAAUAAAGCUGUUCGUGGCUCGCCAUGCCUCUCCCGCUUCACCAUUCCUCAUUACUUUCCCGCCUCAUAGCCCAUCCGCUCCCCAACCUAAAGAAGAAGUGAACAACAACAACAACAACAACAACAACAACAUGAUAAACAACCCAAUGUUUAUUGAAGAAAGGCCUUCUGAGUCAACCAAUGAAGAGGCCAAUGCUUGUGAUUCUUAUGAUUCAUCAACAACUUCCUCGGAUUCCAGUGACGAAGAGGAGUGUAAAGCAGAUAUGACGAGGCAACAUCAACAAGAGGAACAUCAGAGUUAUGGGUACUACUACAUGCAAAUGCCACCACAGCAGGCUGUGGUUCAUGAGUCACCAGGUGGUGAUUUUGGGUGGGAUUUCUUCAACCCUUUUGAUGUGAUGAGGCCAGAGGUUAUGAGUGGGUACAGGAGGAGUUUGGAUGAUGAUUUGAGGGCGGUGAGGGAGCAAGAAGGGAUUCCUGAGCUGGAGGAAGAAGGGAGUGUUAGGGAGAGUGGAGAUGAGCCAAAGUUGUUUGUUGCUGCUGAAGAAGGGAAAGUUGGAGAGGGUUUUGAUAAUGGGGAUUUGGUUAAGUUGCGUGAUGAGGGUAAUGGGAAUGGAGGGUCUGUUGAACAGAAGGGGCAUUCAGUUAUGGAGUCACCAGAAAAGGGAAGGGAACUGCUGGAUGCUUUGAAGGACAUUGAGGAUCAUUUCAUUAGAGCUUAUGACUCUGGCAAGGAUGUUUCUAAGAUGCUUGAGGCUAACAAGGUUUACUUGCAGUCUGGGACGGAAGAAAUGAAAGAGAAUUCAAACAAGAUCAUCCUAGCUCUACCAUGGCACAGGUCAACCUCGUUCAAGCCCUCGUGCAAAAGCCUGGUGGCUUCGAGCUCCAGAAGCACAUCGACCUGGACAGAAUACACGAAUGACCUCUUCGACGGUUGUGGAGGGAUGAAUGCUGGAAGCCAUUCCUCGACGCUUGGAAGGUUGUAUGCAUGGGAGAAGAAACUCUAUGAAGAAGUCAAGGCUGGAGAUGCAACAAGAAAACUAUACGAGAAGAAAUGUUCAAGGCUGAGAAGUCAUGAUGUGAGAGGCGAUGAUGAACUCAACAUGGACAAAACAAGAGCUGCAAUCAAGGACCUUUAUGCUCGAAUCCUCGUAGCAAUCCGCAGUGCUGAAUCGAUCUCCAACAGAAUUGAGAAGCUGAGAGAUGAAGAAUUGGAACCUCAAAUUGUGGAGUUGUUAAAAGGACUUACACGCACUUGGAAGAUCAUGAUGGAAUCCCAUGAAAACCAGAACAAGAUUCUUACCCAAGUAAAAACAUUUGCAUGUCCUUCAGCUGGCAAGUUCAGCAAUGACUCCCACCGUCUCGCCACCCUCCAACUCGAGGCCGAGCUUCUCAACUGGCGCGCCUGCUUCACAGACUACGUCACAGCAUCGAGAUCCUACGUGGCGUGCCUCCACGGCUGGCUCACCAAGUUCCUGGUCCCUGAAGUUGAAUUCUACUCCAGAAGCAGACGAAUCGGUCAAAGCACACCAUCCCUUCCCUCCCAAGCUCCCCUGGGCCCUCCAUUGCUCGCAAUCUGUCGAAAAUGGCUCUCGUCGAUGGAGAAGCUGCCAGAGGUCCAUGUUUCGUACGCGCUCAAGGCAUUCGCCAAAGACGUGAGGGCAUUGUGGGUUCAGCAAGGGGAGGAGCAGAAGCAGAAGAGGAAAGUCGAGACCUUGAUCAAGAUGCUCGACAGGAGGACCGUGUCGUUCCACAGGACCGAGACUCGGCUGCUCGAGACCAAGCUCAUCGAGUACAACAACGGCGUGGAAGACAAUGCCAAUUCGGUGAACCCUUUCGAGCAUUUGGCCGAGAGGAAAGACGAGCUGGAUUUCUUGCAGAGGAAGGUAGAGACAGAGAGGGAAAAGCAUUACAACUACAUCCAGGAGACGUCCAGGGUCACCUUGAGCGGGUUUCAGACCGGGUUUUCGAGCGUUUUCGAGGCCUUGUCCGAGUUCUCCAAGGCUUCCAUGAACAUGUAUAACGACAUUGUGGUGACCAGCUGCAGUCAGAGCACUGGGAAAGUGGAGGGUCAGCCAUGUGUGGAGAGCUCCUCCCAUGUUGAAGAAUGUGAGGUAAGGUGAUAGCAGCAGAGGUAAAAUUCAUUUGGGGUUUGGUUAAUCUUUUUAGUAAGGUUUGGGUGUUUAGUUGAGAUGGGAUUGGUUGUUGUAUAUUGUAUGUUAAACUGAUCAUGUUGUCAAAGCAGCUCGCUGAGACACAUCAUGUGUUCGUUUGUGUUCUUGUUAAUCUGUCAUUAGAGCUAAUGAGAACUUUGAUUAGCCACCUAUUAUGGGGAUUAAUUAAUGCCUA